GAAAUCGAAAGCCACAAUCGCGACGCGUUCGACGCGCACAAGAUCGCGCUCCGUUAAUGCCAGAGUGCGAGCACAGUGCACCGGGUGCUUGACCAGCACACGCACCUUGUGAGAGAGACAGACUGAAGUGCGGGGACAGUCGCGCACCAGCCGCCGUUGUAAGAUUGUGGUCCAAGAAGUCCUCUCCCGUCGCGACGCUCGUCUUUGGGCGCUGUGUGCUUGCUCCACAAUGAGUCCACAUCGGGCGCAAUUUGGACUGAAAACCACUUCCUCAUAGCAUAUAAUAUAUAGUAUAUAUACGGGAAUACCCAUCAUCACUGAGGGGGGGCCACACACGGUUCAUGGACUUCAACUGAUUGUGCGCGAAGACCCGGUGUUCUCCCAACCGUAUUCACGAGCUGUUCAAAGAGAGACCCUCCGCCGGUCCACCCUUUCGCCAUUUUCCCACGGCCUCACGGAUACUUUGAAGAGUGCACAUACAAUAUCAUGGAUGGGUACGGCGACCCGGGUUGGUUUUCACUGAAGGCUGGGGUGGGAGAAGAAGACGGUCCGGCAAGAGCCAAUGCGGGUAUUAUCGUCCCUCUGGCGACCUUCUUUUCCGUCGGAGGAGUGUGCUUCAUGAUAUUCUGCUUCGUACGAAAUGUCUUUCGAGACAUCUACUCCCCAAGACGAUUCCUUGCUGGUGGACGACCGCCACGACUACCGGACGGAAUUUUUGCUUGGGUACCGAUUCUACUUCGAAUGCCAGAGUCGCUGCUAAUAGCGCAAGUCGGUCUGGAUGGUGUCAUGCUGCUGCGAUACUUCAAGAUGGGAGCGCAUCUGUUUGGCGUUCUUAGCUUGUUCGGGCUGUUGAUUGUUGCGCCCGUAAACUACUACGCCAACCCGCCGUCAUACGUCAACUCGACCGGAAUCUUGUUCGAGGAUAUCAUUCUGCCGGCAAUGACGGUAGAAAACGUCCCCAAACAGUCGCCAGCACUCUGGGUCCACUUGUUCUUCACGUGGUUCUUCUCGAUGGUCGCCUAUUCCUACCUGAUAUCGUACUACCGCGGACACGUAGAUCUGAAGCUCAAAUCUAUCGAGCACGUUCUGCGCCAUACGCGAAUGAGCAAGAUCGAGCUACGGUCGAUUAUAGUCUUUGGCAUCCCGACCGAGCUCCGGCACGAGGUGGAUCUCGCUGCUUUCUUCGAGGGAUUGGGCAUCGGGAAUGUGGAGAACGUUGUGAUUUGCAGGAAGUGGUCGCACCUGCGGGCAGCUGUGCAGAAGCGAGCCCAUUACCUGACGCAGUUGGAGAAGGUCUACGCGCAGGUGAUGCGCAAUCUGGGAAAGAGGCCUCAUCGGUUUGGUUUACCUUUUUCUGGUAACGGCGCCUCAUCAGUCAACGCAGCGGGAUCUGGAGGAACUCUCGAUUACAACAAUGGUGGACACUCUUUGAACGGCAGUGAUCUCAGAGGCGGAGAUUUCGGAAAUGACGAUGAUCCUCUUGGUGCAGCACGACCCUUGCUCUCAGAGCAACGGCGAUUUUCCGCUGCUUCCGACAGCGACGGAAGUGUUUUCGAGAUCAUGAGUCGCUUGGACGCCAUAGACCCCAGGAAUCGCCCCACCCAUCGAACUGGGUUUGCAGGUUUGAUGGGACCGAGAGUCGAUUCCGCAGAGUACUAUGCGGGCAGGUUUCAGGAGUGGGACCGAAAGGUGGCCAGGUUCAGGAAGUUUCCGGAGGCUAGUCCUGCUACUUCCGCCGGCUUUGUCACCUUUGAAUCUCCCGAAAGUGCGAUCCUGGCAUCCCAAGUUCUCGUUCACAAACGUCCCUUCGCAUGCAUGGCCCGCCUAGCACCCGAGCCUCGCGACGUGUACUGGGACAACCUCUCCGCAAAAGGAGCGGAUAGCUACAUCAAGAUGUUGCGAUCUGUGUUCGUGACCGGCACCCUGGUUCUCCUGGUGUUCUUUUCUACUUUGAUCGUGUCCACUAUCACGGCGUUGAUCAGUCUGGAUACAUUCCCGAACUUGAAAGACUUCCUCAAAGAGCUGGGACCCGGUUGGACGCAGUUCAUUCAGGGAGUCAUACCCGCCGUAGUCACCGCUACUUGGACGUCUAGUCUACCUGCUGUACUUAUCCUGCUUGCUCAAGUGCAAGGUCUCGAAGCACAAAGCUGGAUCGACGCUUCCGUUUUGUCCAAGUACUUCUUCUACCAGAUCUGGAACAUUCUGUUUGUGCAAACCGUCGCGACGAAAAUCUGGCAGACCCGAUACGACAUCAUUCGGCACGGCCCAGGAGAGAUCAUUGAUAUUCUGGGCAGCUUGGUACCCUCUGGAUCAUCUGUACAAAUCAACUACGUCAUGCUCUUGGCCACCGCCGCAUACCCAGCACAACUCCUCCUAGUCGGCCCACUCAUCCUGACAUGGCUGUACCGCGCCUUGUCCUGGCGACAGAGCACACCCAGACAGAUAUCCGAUGCCUACUACCCGAGUGUCCUCACAAGCAUCAACUACGGGAUCGUAUACGCCGUCCCAAUCCUCGUCUUUUGUGUCGGGAUCACGUACGCGCCUGUGGCGCCAUUGAUUUUGCCGUUCUGUGCGUUGUUCUACAUUAUUGCGUAUUUUGUCUACAAGUACAUCCUCUUGUAUGUGAACAUCCCUCGGUACGAAACGGGCGGAAAGCAUGCGCCGCAAGCCGUGCGUCGUUCGUUGGCGGGCAUUUUCAUCAUGCAACUGACCAUGAUGGGUUGUCUGGCGUUGAAAGCUGGAUCCGGGAUCACUUCGAAGCCAGACAAAGAUGCAUCGCAGGAGAUGCUGAGAUCCGACGACAAGAGCAGGCUGCUCUGGAGCGGUUACGUCCAGAUGGUUGUCGGCGUGGCUCCGCUGUUACUCAUCACUAGCCUGGUGUACUGGUGGUUCCAGCACGGUUUCGAGAAGAUUGUAACACAUAUCCCCCUCGAGAUCGUCGGAGGCGUCGCUAAGGACUUGGCGAAGCAACGCAACGAUGAGGCGGCUACGCGGCGUAACAGGAUGUCGGUGGGAGGGGAGGAUCAUGGGAAGGAACUAGCCACGGUCUCUGCGCCUGCGCCCAACAACAAGAGCAACGGCACAACAUCACGAGCAAAUAAACGAGUCUCAAUCAAAGCCACGCGCGGUCGAGUAAAGUCGGGUAGCGUUGGCGGGCCAGAAGGCAGGCAUCCCACAGAGCACAUAUGUGACGGUGAUGGCGUGGAUGACUCCCGAGACUCGUCAGCGGACAUGAUGACGCCUCCCGGGAGGACACGUCCAUCUGCCGCAGAUAGUGCUUCGUCGCCCGGUGCCAAUCCCCGUACACCCACCAACGGAGGGUCGACCUUCGGUGGUCGCAAGUCAUCCUCACCGUUCCGCCUCGGCAUCCUUGCAGAAACGUCGUCAGCGCACGACGAUGAUGACAUGUACCGGUAUGAGGACGGGCCAAGUGGAGAAGGGACGUUUGAGAGCACCGCCGACACUGUGUCGGAAUAUACCAUUGGAAUCGAAGACCCGCAGACAAGCAUGUUUGAUGAUCCAAGCUUCUUAACGACAGUUGAGGACAGCACACCGACGCCGCAUCUCGAGCCGCCCAUGACUCGUGUCGCCGGAAUCCUGGAUGCACCCUUUAUCUCAGCAAGCGCUAUUGUCCCCGCCGGAGACGAGGCCGAUAAUGCGACGAAAAUCAACGAGCAUGACGAUCUGCAAUUACACACAUACGUCCAUCCAGCACUAAUAGGGCGACUCCCAGUGCCAUGGGUCCCCGGCGCCACGCAACCGCGGCGAUGCCGGGAAGCGCGCGAAGAGAUGAGUAAGAGUCAGCGCAACUGGUACUCUAGAAUCGUAGGUAGACAACGCGUCGGGGUGUGGGAGCUGGGAGCCGAUGACGAGACGGUGGAUAUCGCAUCGCAGCGCUCCGAUAGUGGAGGUCUUAGGAGAAGAGGGAGGCGGAACAGCCUCAGUGUUGUGAGGAAGGUUAUGAGUUUUGUAGACGGCGUGACGAGUUGGGCGCAUCUUAGUAUGAGCUGAAUCCGGUGUAAUCCAUUUCCGAGUCGUCGAGGUAUUUCCCCUUCCCCCCUGGCUUAGCAGGCGGCGAGUUUCCGAGACGACGGAAGACCUCAUCAAUACCCAAAUAUCAUAUAUUCUCGUU